CUGGUCAAACCGUCAGGUGGUACGAUAUGUACCUAAAACAGAAACAUCUUGUUGAAACGCCUAAGUACCAUAAGUAUUGUAUCGAUGUGAGAGUUGAGAACGUUAGAUACAACGCGGUUACCAGUGACGUGAAAAAACCUGGCUUCAUCUAUAAAGAAUGGUUCCACAAUGGACUGACGACAGAAUUGAAACACACCUUCAAAAAACAAACUGAAUUUUCAGAUACCUACACGUGGUCGGUGACAGACACCAUUGAAAUUGGGGAGAAAAUCUCAUUCAGCCUGGGUGUGCCAGGGGAGUUUGGCGUAAGUGUGGAUUCCAGUGCUACGUUCACGGCUUCAAACACUGAGAGUCAGACCAAAACGAAAACAGAAACCUUUAGCUCCGAGGUUGGGAUCACGGUGCAACCAAACACAAGUGUGAAGGCUAUAUUUACUGUCAACGAGCGGGAGAUGGAUGUGCCGUGGGAGGCAGACGUCAUCAUCGGCGGGUAUAUUGCCAUUUGGUUUGAAGAGAAGUACAACGGUCAUUGGCUAUGGUUCCACCCUAUCACCGCACUGAGUAACAAGGAUUUCAAGAUUCGGAACGGCAGUGAGCUAUGGUUUCACAACAAAGGUAAAUUCAAUGGCGUCCAUGGCAUCGACUCCAAUGUAAGAAUCGAAGAGUACCCGUUACAGCAAGGGUUGCUCAGCAACCAAAGUGCGGAUGAGCCAGCUGAGUUGCAAAUGCUCAAAUGUGAUCACAUCGUUGGGAAGGCAACUGCAUCAUCAGGUGACAAGAUGAUGGAGCAUCAUGGGUAGACCACGGCAUCUGAUUAUGAAGUAGCACUGAAGUCACGACAGGAGCUUAGAAACAUUUUCGUCAAACAUGAAUAGUAGAUAUGAAUGAUUUAUGUACUCAGAACCGCGUGUUUAAUUUAGAUUUAGGUUAAUACUGCAUUAAAUGGACUUCACGCAUACAAAUUGAAAAAUAUUAACGUUAAAAUGAAAACAUAAAUUUAUUUGCAAUAAAACUAAAAUAUUAUAAACGGCUAACUGUUUGUUUCAUAUUGGAAGACACCAUCAUUGUUAAUAGCAAACACCUUGAUUGGAAAGGUCUCCCACCAAAACAUGUAAAACAAGGUUUACGAAAGGAACCAGUUAUGGCACCAAGGUGAUGGUCCUGUUGGUCAGAGCGCUCUUUGUCUAGUUCCCCGAUCACCAUCAGUGCCUACACUGCAAAAACGUUGGUCAAAUCAUUUGUUGGGAAAAGUAACUUCAACAACUUAUUAGUCGAUAAUUGCCCAACAAAACCAAUAAUUGGUGUUGUUGGGCUUUUAAAAAGCGGAACAAAAGUUGGGCAAGUGUUGGGCAAAUAAUUCGUUAUCUGAAUUUAUCAUAACUGUUGGUUACAGUUUUGCUUAUUUAUUGGGCAACUUUUUUGGGUAAUUUUAAUUAAUCUCGAUUGUUAGUUAAAAUGAUGCACAUUAGUUGGUAAAAAUCGUCCGAUCAUGCGCACUACGAUCAAAGAAUUGCCCAAAAGCUGGGCAUGGUAUAAAAACAUAACGACAUUUUCUAACAUGGUGAGUGGAGGAGUGGCUGUGACGAGCGGGGUUGUCAAGUAGAUAUAGAUCCAAUAUGAAGGUUAGUUUGUAAUUAAAUAUGAAGUUGUGUUUUCUAUUCAGGGCUAGUCGUACUGUAACACAAAAAUCCCGUGUCAAUAACCACAACAAUACGAAGCAAUGAAAAAACCAGUAUUUCUGCUUGAAUUCCUGACCGUUUUAUUCCAGACGUCAAAUCUUUAUAAAUCCACAGAUCUAGACCUAGGAAAACAUCUCCAGGCGAGCGGGUUUCCCAAUCUUCCAGCAGGGGGGCCAACCAGCAACUAGCUCCACCGCGGAGCCGUGCUGGCGCCCUCUACUGGCUGAUUGGCAUGAAUGUUACACUGCUCCCUCCGAGGACUCUGCUUGACCCAAAGCAGGCAGUAAACACCCGGGACCGGCUCCUUUACAACAAUAGGAAAGAUAACUGGCAAUCAACAAGAAAAUAAAGUUUAUUAGUUAAGAGCUGUAAAGUAACGAACUAAAAUAAUCAAAACAACUUCGGCAUGAAGCCUUUUCAGAUGGAGUUUAUUACUUAAGAGUUGUAAAGUAAAACAAUCUUACACGCCGCAGCAAUUUCGGCAGGCAGAACUUUAAGAUAAAAUUUGUAUUUCAAAGCGGCAUGAAGCCUUUUAAGAUAUAGUUUGUUAAUUAAGAGUUGUAAAGUAAAACAUCUCAAACGACUAACAACUUCGGCAGGAAUCCUUUGAAGAUAAAAUUUGUAAAUUUAAGUAGGGAUUAUGGUACCAGUCUCACUCAGGACCCACUACGUGGUUCAGCGACACGCCUACUUCUCUUUCCACUUUGUUGCCCCAGCUUUCAGCGCAAAAGAGGGACAACUCAACUUGUUGCCUCAUUUCUCCUCUCAAUGGGGACAACUCAAAUUUUGCCUCAUUUACCUCACUUCUCCUCAGUAUUUUACACGUCUACAUGAACCCAUUUUAUAGAGCAGCAUUUAGUGCAGGCCUAAUUACCCUCCAAACUGAUUAGAAAAUACGUAAUUGCUUUGUUUUCUUAAAUAAUUCAAAUUAUGCACGGUUUGCGUGCCGGUGAAAAAUAAAUGAGUAGCCCGUGUUAUACUUACACUUUUGUGCUUAU